AUGCCACCAUCGAGCACCAUAUCCCUCGCUGAUCUCGAACAGGCAUUGCGAGAAACACAGCUCGAGUUGCAAGAACUCAAGGACGUCAAUAAGGAGUUGACGGAGGAGAACAAGAUCCUCAAGGCAAACCAGCCGAAGCGGAAGAAGAAGGGUCAGAAUGCCUCCGAGGAGCACAUGGCCUUCGAUGAAGAAAUCCGCUUAUGUGGUCGCAAAUAUGGUGCCUGCUACGAAAUGUUUGCACCAGACAGGCAACUUCUUCAGUGUCCCAAUCCUGCAUUCGCUCCACCUCUCAACGAAUCAUCACGCUAUGAAACGCAGGCCUCAGCGGAGUCAGCCUUGCUCGCAGAGCUAUUCAGUUUACUCCCAUCGCACAUCCACCCUCUGGUUGCGGAUAAUCACUUCGCGGAUGUUUUUGAGGAUGCAAUGAACAGUAGCCGUGCAUCCAAAAUCAAGAAACUGUGCUCCAAAGCUGGGCUUAUCUUUGGUCUCUCUGAACAGUAUUUCGCUGAUAUAGCGUAUGACCGAGCAAGUGUACCUGAGAUCCAGGGUCUCCUCGGUACCUCUACAUCCCAGCGUAUGCCCAAGCCUUUCCCACCCAUCCUUUUCCCGAAUCUCAUCGAAGAUCCCUCGCUGAAAAUGGUCUUUGGAAAUUGGGAACCCUUCGGCAAGGCUAUCCGGAUUCUGCUGUGGGGUGAGAACGGCUUGACUGCGUUACGAGCAGGAGGACCUCCGCGAAAUGGUAAUAGGUGGGAGGUGACAUCUUUAACACCCGGUUUGUUGGCGUGGGUGGGCGUAGUUGUUGUUUUUCUACUGAGUGCCGACAAGGAAUUUCGCUAUUCCAGCAAGGGCGAGAUGACGAAGAUCCAGUACAGCUAUAUGUUCACCUCAUAUAAGAAGAUUCUUGUCAAGAACUGGAACACGGAGUACACACGCGACAUUGUGAAGAAGCUGAAUAAUUAUGUCUUCUCCAGAGAUGAAGAGGAUUUCACCGCAGCUAUGGAUCGUGCCUUAGCGGGUGUGACUGAAGAGGACAUUAUGGAUGAGACGGUUGCUGAUGCCGAGGCUAACAGGGAGAGACCAAGACCUAGUAGUCCUCUUACAUCUGAGCCCAAUGACGAGGAUGAAGUUAGUAACAUUGUUACAGCACCUGCAGCUGUGAGAGGCCGUCGAGGAGGCAGAGCAGCCAGAUGUGUUGUAUCUAACACUAGUACCCGUACUACCCGCAAUGCUCGCACCACUACUUAG